CCAGAUUCAAUAUCACCGCUCGGCCUUCUUUAUCACCUCAGAGCACAGUCGGGGAAAAUAAAAAUCGUGGACAAGAUCAUCCUGGGCCGCUGUGGCUUGCACGUCUGAACCCAUGCUCUCGCACCCCGUGAUUCCCCAAAACCGCUGGAGUCCUGAUACAGAAAACAUAGCUUCCCAUGUCGACAUCAUCCACUCAAUCUUCCAGAGUCAAUCGACGCAUCAAUAGCCUUCAGAAUGAGGCCCGACAUUCGCGCGUCUUGUCCCUCUCGCGGAGGCGCAUCGUCAAUACGACUGUCGCUUAUUCCUACGCGCUACGAGUUGCCUACCUGUCGUAUUUACUCCAGCCUCGAGCCCGCCGUACGCAGAGCGUCCCCGCGCCGCAAACUCACGUUCGCCGGUCUUCCACCUCAUUUCAAGAUCUUAUGAAGGAUUUCUCCCUGAUCAGGGACUCGAAGAGCACACGGUUUCCGCAUGGGUUCAUAUCAGAGCUGGAGAAGAGGCUGACGGGAGUCCUCAUGGGAAAGGAGAGAAAUAAGGAAUAUCAGGAUCCUUUGGUGGUGCGGACAUUUGCUGUUUUCCUCAACACUUUGAAGGAGCAGUCAUUUAAGAAGCGCAUGGAAAAGGAUCGCCGUGUGGAAGAUCUCGUCCUCAUAUUCUUCUCCAGCGCGACCAAGGAACUCUCGAAGGGCCACAGUCCGGACGAGGACGGCUGGAAGUUGAUGGUGGAUAGGCAUGUGGCACUGUUUGUUCGCUUGAUCAGCCUGAUAUUGAAGGCCGAAGACUGGGCAAAGGAGAGGCCGGAAUUGACAAGCCGACUGGCAGUGCUGGAAUCCAAGCUGCUUUCCCAUGAUCAGGACCUCACGGAGGCAAACGGUGCAAGCUCGACCAUCGGCGUAGUCGCCCCUCUUAGCUACGACGUGAAGGAUAUGCCUCUUGUUCAGGUUGUGGCUGGGAUAUUUGGUAUGGAUCUAGCUCAGGUGCAAUCCGAUAUCAACAGGAAUAAAGCAAUCUGGACAGAAAAAGCAGCUCUGCAGGACUUGAAGACGUACCAGGCCCACCUGAACCUCAAGACAGGAAAGACUCUUUCCCAGGACGACUUUGACAAUGAGGAAGGAUACGAGGCCUGGAAAAAGGCCGAAGGACCCGAUCUCUCUCAGAUGAUGCUUGCCAUUGUCCAGUCAAACCCUGAACUGGCCAAGACUACCCCUGGAGGCAUCCUGCCGCAGUUCAAUUCUCUUGCAAGCGAGCAGUCACCUAUCGACUCGCCACGUUCGGAACUGUCACGAACACUGUCCGAUAACACUGGUAAUACUUCGUAUGUGAUCGAUCAACCGGUAGAUCUCAGUUCUCUGUCGCUGGCAGACGACGUCGACACAGUUUCGGAGUCCGAUGUGUAUACUUUUAUACCGUCCGAUCCAAGGCCUGUCUACAGGUUCAUUUUGGCUCAUGCUCUAAGUCAUGAUCUGAGGGAUCAGAAACUCGAGGCUACUCAGGCUACUUCCGAAGUGCCAUCGAUCAAGCUGCUCUCGAAGCAGUCAAGUGAAUUACUCAACGAGAUCUGUCUACGCUGGCGUAUUCCGGCCUCUAGUCGAGUCGUCCUAUUUCUGGACGUCGUUCGGGAGAAGUUUGUUGAUAAUGAGAUUGAUCUGGACACUUUAGAUACUGCCUUUACGUUUGUGAAGGAUGCCCCCGCGCACGAGGGGAGAAAGCGCAGUAGCUUCAUUGCUUCGGUUGUCUUCGACCGGAAGAGAUGGACGAUUCAUGAUAUUCUAUUGAUGCAACAACUCCUAUCCUCACUUCACGAAGCACUACUCCGCGAGCUAUACGAUUGCAUGAUGCACUGUUAUGAGACCAAGCCCCGGCCCAUAGGCCCAGUGAUGUACAUUCUGGAUAAUCACAUCCAAAUGGAUCCCAGUUACACUGAAAACCCCCAAGAUAUUGAUCGGUUUAGGUCUUAUAUCCACGAUGGACUUUCUGAAAAGGCAAAAGAUAAAUACCAGGAAAUGCUCCACAAAGCUGUCCCACCCACGCAAGAGCACUGGGAAUUGGACCACGUUAUUCAGUUUGGGGAGGAUAUAACGAAGCUUGCUCAGCGGAUACAGAAACGGUACAAAAAUAACCCGGAGAUCAUGGGUGUAAAUCCCCUCAAAAUUCUGAUCAGCUCUAUUUUCCCUAUGUAUGCGGAAGAUGCCAGGGAUAUGAUUACACGGAUACUUGAGCACGCGCGAGAACAGGGCACUGAGGUGGGCAUCGAAGAUGGGUUUGACAUGUACAGACAGUUGGUUGCGAUACGACGUCUCUACACUGAGAAUCUUCCUGGCCAGUCUUUCCCUUUCCACGUUGAAGAUCUACUAGCCGAUUUUGUUUGGCGCUGGAUUAGAUUGACGGAUGACAAGAUCAUGGAAUGGGUAGAGCAAGCCGUGAGACGGGAUGAUUUCACUGUUCGCGUUGAGGAAGGAAACGAAGUGGCAGAGGAGGAUCAGCGACAUAGCGUUUCUGCCAUUGACAUCUUCCGCUCCUUCAACCAGGUCAUCGAACAGAUGGUUCAGCUUGAGUGGGACGAUGAUUUUCAGUAUGCCAAGUUCAUGACUGCUCUGUCCAAGUCAAUAGGAAAGGGUGUCGCGAGAUACUGUGAACUACUCGAGCAGAUGUUUAUCAAAGAAAUGGACAGGCUCACUCCGGAGCAGGAGGCAGCUCUGAACCAGACGAGACAGGAGAAGCUGAUGCAGAUGGCCAAGGAGGCCUGGAAUAACAAGGACAAAGUGGAGCCGUUCCAAUUCUUGCCCGAGUCGCUCGUAAAACUGAACAGUAUCGAAUAUGCCCUUACUCAACUCGACAAGCUCGAACGCGAAAUCAAUGUUGAUGCAUGUGCCGAGGUCAUUGCAAGGCACAACCCUAUCACGCCGCAGAAAAUACGGAAGUUGACGACAUAUGUUUUCACUAUCAAGAUCGUGGAAGCAGAGGACUUGAAAGCAUGCGAUAUCAACGGUAGUAGUGACCCCUAUGUCGUAUUGACCGACGAGUAUCAAAAGCGCAUAGCAAAAACACGCAUCAUAUACAACAACCUCAACCCCAGGUGGGAUGACACUGUCGAUAUCACGACGAAGGGCCCACUGAACAUAAUUGCAACCCUAUGGGACUGGGAUGCAGUUGGCGACCAUGAUUACGUUGGCCGAACGUCUCUCAAAUUAGACCCAGCGCAUUUUAGCGACUUUAUGCCGCGGGAGUACUGGCUCGACUUGGAUACUCAAGGAAGGCUUCUUCUGCGUGUGAGCAUGGAGGGUGAGAGAGACGACAUACAGUUCUAUUUCGGGAAAGCAUUCAGAACCUUGAAGCGUACAGAAAGGGAUAUGACUCGCAAGAUUACCGAGAAGCUUUCUGCAUACAUCGGACACUGUCUUUCUCGCCGUGCUCUAAAGGCACUGCUGUCCCGAGGACUGAGUAUUUCUACCGUAUCAAGCUUCCUCAAUCGAAACCGCACUCAGUCGACCGUCACGCCUACCCAAGAGGAAGUGGAGAAUGCACUGAGCCCGCUGUUCACCUACUUUAAUGAUAACUUCGCCAUCAUGAACAAAACAUUGACUCCCGAGGCCAUGCGAAUGGUCAUGGCGCGACUGUGGAAGGAAGUCCUCGCUACAAUCGAGAGUCUGCUUGUGCCCCCGCUCUCUGAUAAACCGUCGCACCAGAGACCGUUGACGAUGCAAGAAGUCGAUAUUGUGUCGCGCUGGUUAGUGCUGCUCCUUGAAUUCUUCCAUGCCGUUGACGACGAAACUGGCGAAGCGAACGGUGUACCAAUGGACAUCUUGAAAUCACCCAAAUACCACGAGAUCCAGACUCUCAACUUCUUCUACUUCGAGCCGACUGAGAACCUCAUCCGUACUUCGGAGCGUAUGGCUUCAGCGACUGUUUCGCGCCAGCACGGAAACAAGAACCGUCAAUCUGCACCUCCACAGGUGGGCGGAUCGCUCGGUCUGUUUGGCAUGCCAAAUUCAAGACGCGCCAAGAGUAUUCUGCUCUCGCGGAACCUGGGUACAAUGAAGAAGGCGAAAGAGGAGAAACGCCGCGAGGCUCAAGCGGAGCCCAACGACGACAUGAUCCUUCGAAUCCUCCGCAUGCGCCCAGAAGCAGCCGGUUACCUCCGGGAUCGUAGCCGGCAAAAGGAGCGCCUUGCUGCAGCAGCAGCGGCAGACGCUAUAGUGAAGCAGAGUUUGAUGGCAGGAACUGGUGGGAGAAUGACCGGGAUGCUCGGACGAAGAUGAAGAUGAACUUGAGAGAUCGUACAAGUACAUCUAACAUACAUCCUCCAACAUAUCUCGAGAACACCAGCAUCUUCGACAUUCUACACUCAGACCCAUGUCGCUCAACCUGACCCACCACUUAAUUUCCAUGACAUUUCAUGAAUACAUCUCACAUCUCUCUCUCUCUCUCUCGCAUGUCCCUUUCACGAUUCCCUUGUCUGAUGUUCCUUUCUGAUUCCGCUAGAUUGAGCGUUGACGUCGGCAGCACACAUACAUGCAUCAUGGUUCGAGUUUGUUUCCUUGUGCUGGUGUCUGGAUUUCAGAAGUGUCUCCUACUGCAAUAUUCCCCUCGCAUAUGAUUCUAGUUUGGUUUACUAAUGCGUAAAUAACAUGCUUUUCUUCACUCUGAUACAGAGUAUCUCUAUGUAAGGAGAACGUAUCCACGUAAAUAGUCAGGCUAGUCCGU